AUGAUCAUCGAAAGCAAAAUUGAGAUAGGUAAAUUUUAAUAAUGUCAGUGCCAAUGAAAAUUUCCCCAAAUAAGAGCCACAAUACCAGUUUUAAUAAACUCGUGGGUUUUCCUUCGUUAGCCAUUGUUAAUUGGCACGUAACUCGAUGUAUCUGUACACUUUGAGGAAAACUCGAGCGACAAAGUCGAUUAUUGCGUACGUUAACUAUCGACGAGAAAAUGGAAAGGGAUCGAUCGUUUAUUACGCGUCAUACUCGCCGUAGUAAUAGCAGUAACGGUCGUAAUUAAUUCCAUCCUGAUUUCAUCGAGACAACGAAAUCAGGCUACCUUGUUUUUGUUGGUACUUGGUUCAAGUGAAUUAAACAGAAAAAUUGUACUUUAUCGUUUUCAUCCUUCUCCCCGUUCUUUUCUAGUAUUAUUUUACUAUUCGUUCAAGUUAUUUAUAACCUUAAAUAGGACGGUUCAGACAAGAAUUUUCGUACAUCGUUCCGAAUGCAAUAUGAUAUUUAAUGACUUUCAUUCAUAACGUGGCUCGAAAUUCCCGCCAAGCGAUGUUCCCAGUAACGAAACGAUAAUCGAAAGUGAGGUUAGUCGAAUGAUAAUGGAACUUCAGUUGGCAUCAAUGGAGGAAACACGAACGAGACAUGUCCGCUAUUUUCCGUCGAAUUUAACGUGUCAUCGAAGUUAGUUGACUGGUUCGCCGGACGACGUUAAUCGAUACAACCAACGCGACAACACGUGCUUUAUAUACGUUUCACCAUUAGACUUGAAACGAACGCAUGGUCCAGUUCUGUCGCGCACAUUUCGAACUGCAUCAUGCGAUAUACGUGCCGCGAGAACCGCGUACAUUCUCUAGUUUUCUAUGGGCAGGCGCGCGCUUUUUGUUUUCAAACUGUCAGUUAAAUCGCGUUCCUUUUGUUCGCCGUUCGAAAGUUGCCGCCAUUUCAAACUUGAAUUCCAUCGUGACGAUCGUUAGAACGUCGAAACUUGAAUCUGCCUCGUGAAUUUUUGCUUCGCGUUAGGUUAUGUUUUCCCUUCUCUUUCAUCUCGUUUGUCGAGAAAUUUUUAUCCAAUGAACGACGUUCGCUUCGUUUAGUACCGUUUGGAAAUUUAAAUGUUUUACACGAAUUACUAGAGUCUUUUUUCUCGUAUGUUAAUACAUUGUCUGAAUUGUUAUUCUUUUCACAUUCUUUCUUAUAUUCUCUUUUUCCCUUCAGUUUCCCAAUUUUCCAGCGAUUCAUUCAUAUUUUAUACAUAACCUCAAUACAGUUUUCGCAUUGUAGAUUUGUUAUUUUAUUCGAAGUAGAGUCAAGUAUCUGCAUAAGCAGGCAUAAUGUUAUUCAAUAUUAUUUGAAGAGCAUUAUAUAUCAGAUGUUUCGAAAGUAGAGGUUAUGUUGCAGAAAAAGUACGUUCCAUCGAAAGAUUAAAUUUUUUUUUUUUUACAUAUACGCAAUUCAUCUUUGUUUAAAAAGUAUACAUGAGACAAGAUUAUUCUUUCUGUUACAGUGCUUUUAAUCCAUCCAGUGGUUCCAAAGAAUUGUCCCAUCUCCACAACGCCGUGCAACAAUGGGUCGAAAAAAGAUUCAAAUUUCGCGCAUCACGGACGAACGAAAUCGUGACCUUCAACAAAAGGAAGUUUGGGGUAAUGAAGAAGGCAUACGAGUUGUCGGUACUGUGCGACUGCGAGAUCGCCUUGAUUAUCUUCAGUUCAAGUAACAAACUGUAUCAGUAUGCGAGCACCGACAUGGACAAGGUUCUCCUCAAGUACACCGAGUACAACGAACCCCACGAGUCCCUCACCAACAAGAAUAUCAUCGAGGCACUCAACAAGAAGGAACAUAAGGGCGCCAUGUCCCCGGAAAGUCCGGAGCCUGACGCGAUCGAGUACAAUCUCACUCCGCGCACCGAAGCCAAAUACACGAAGAUCGACGAGGAGUUCCAACUGAUGAUGCAGAGGCACCAACAUAACGGCACUCGGGCAAUGGGACAAUCCAAUUACACUCUACCUGUAUCCGUACCAGUGAAUAGUUACGGCGAAUCUCUACUUGGAUCUAGUCCUCAAAUGGCGCAUACCAGCAUUUCUCCAAGACCGUCAUCCUCUGAAACAGACUCAGUAUAUCCACCAGGAGGGAUGUUGGAAAUGAGUAACGGUUAUCCACCAUCAGCAUCACCAUUAGGAGGUUCACCUAGUCCAGGUCCUUCGCCGGCGCUAGGAGUCGGAGGAGGCAGCGCAAACAAAGGCAGUAAUCCGUCUAGGCAUUCACCACAACCUCCGCCUCCUCCACCGCCGCCUCAUCCUCACAGGACUAAUCUUCGAGUAGUUAUUCCAACACCCCUUACGCAACCUCUCUCUGAAGAUACUAGUUACGAUAGUGGCCAUGCACAAUCCGCAUUAAAUACGCCAGUAGUAGCACUACAAACACCGUCAGUUCCAGCCGGAUACUCUAGUUUUGGACCAACGGAUUAUUCCUCGGACCUAGGGAGUCUAGCAUGGUCUCAUCAGAGGUACGUUGAUGACUUAUCAAUGUAUUCGGCUGCCACCAUGUCCAGCAUCAGUGGUCUUCCUCAUCUGGCAGUGUCCAGCAGUACACCGCCGCCAGCCACGUCGCCACUACCGGUGAAGAUAAAGAGUGAACCGAUCAGUCCACCUAGAGAUCCUCACGGUGGUAACAGUGGGUCAAACAGCAGCGGGCCGACCACCAGCAAUCUUCAUCAUACAACUUUGAACGUAGGACCAUCGUCCAGUACCGGUGCACCACCUCCACACCACGUACCUCAUCCCGGACCACAGUCAUUGAAUCUUGUAUCAAGCAGACCGAGCAGUAAUCCACCGCCAUCUCACUCCGGAAGUAUAACACCGACAAACCUUCCGUCGCCAGGAAGCGGCACAGUGGCAGACAUCCGAACGAGUCACUCGAACGCCGGCAACGGGGGCAACAACUCAGACUAUGAGAACGGACCGCUGAUGAAGCGUUCGAGGAUCACUGAGGGAUGGGCGACUUAAUAUCAAUCGUAAUGGUUAAUCGCUCGAUCGUUUCAUACCUCUACGUACAACGGCGUAUAGUGCUUUUGUGAAAAGUUCCGGGACUCAAAGUCGAAGACUCGUUAAUUAUUAUACACACGGUUCGGCCACGGUUCUUUCUUUUUUUUUCCCUCCCUCCCCCUCUACUUCUUGUGAUCGGGUGCGCGCGUGAAAACAAAGAACGACGAUCCUUACGAAGAUCCUCCGACUUUAGCUGGACACAGAACACAGAUUUGUUUCUAUUUUAAAGAAAAAAAAAAAAGCCCAAAAAUAC